CCGCCAAUCCCCGGUAGCAGGAACACAAGUGCCUCACGCACACCCAAACUCGGCCUGGCCAUCCCGCCCUCUCCCAGUGCUAGACCUCUCAAUUCCACCAACUCACACGCCGUGCCGCCUUUGCAAAUACCGCCUCGUCAGGCUCCCCCGAAGCUAAGUCUGGCCACACCCAUGGGAAGUCAUGGGGUCCCCCAAGAAACCGGUCGGGCCGCAAGAGGAAAACUGCCUCCAUUACAAGUGACGGGUCUCUCAACAGCACAGAGUGGUGGUGGUAGUAGCGAUGAAAGUGCCCGUUCAAGAUCCAACAGCAACGGUGCGAGCAACAACUAUUCUACCUCUACCACUGCUUCUUCGUACUCGGCCUCGCUCGCUGGAUUGAUUGGCGGCCAAUCCAACUCACAAGACCCUCUUUCUGCCGCUGGCUCGUUAUAUUCGGCAUCGUCCGCUGGCGGACUUGGUGGUGCUGCUAUGGAACGAGAUGGCAGCAUGCAAGGAGCAAUAUUGCCGGAUCUGGAGAAAUUGAGUUUGGAGAAGGGAAGAGCACUUGACGUUGAGGAUCUGGAUGACGCUGGCUGGAAAGUGGCUGCUAAGGAGAACAGAAUCGUCGAGCUUGGAAGCCUUGGAGAGGGUGCAGGAGGUGCCGUCAACAGAUGUAUACUCAAGGGUGGAAAGACUGUGUUCGCAUUGAAGAUCAUCACCACAGACCCUAACCCGGACGUGAAGAAACAGAUUGUACGCGAGCUCUCGUUCAACAAGAAUUGCGCAUCUUCGCAUAUCUGCCGCUACUACGGCGCAUUCAUCGAUGAGACCCACGGCACCAUCGGAAUCAGUAUGGAAUACUGUGAGGGUGGUUCUCUGGACUCGGUCUACCGCGAGGUCAAGAAGCUGGGCGGUCGUACAGGCGAAAAGGUUCUGGGCAAAGUGGCCGAGGGUGUGCUCAAUGGACUCACCUAUCUGCACAGUCACCGCAUCAUCCACCGCGACAUCAAACCAUCCAACAUCUUACUCACCCGAUCCGGCGAGGUGAAACUAUGCGACUUUGGCGUGUCUGGUGAAUUCGGCACCAAGGGUGACGCGAACACUUUCAUCGGAACUUCAUAUUACAUGGCGCCCGAACGUAUCACUGGCCAGAGCUACACAAUCACUUCCGACGUAUGGAGUCUGGGUGUCACACUACUCGAGGUAGCGCAACACAGAUUCCCCUUCCCGGCUGAUGGGACGGAGAUACAACCCAGGGCCGGACUCAUCGAUCUCUUGACCUAUAUCGUCUCGCAGCCCAUCCCGAAGCUCAAAGAUGAGAUUGGUACGCCCGACGGACAGGAUAUCCGAUGGAGUGAGAAUUUCAAAUAUUUCAUUGAGUGCAGUCUAGAAAAGGAGCCUAACCGACGAGCGACACCCUGGCGGAUGCUGGAACAUCCGUGGAUGUUGGAAAUCAAGUCCAAGCGAGUCAACAUGGCUUCGUUCCUCAAGAGAGUCUGGGAUUGGUCCGAC